AUGGCCAUGGCGGAGGUCGAGGUGCCUCCUGCAGUGCAUACCUCCAAGAUCAGGCCGAUCAUCAGCGAACAUCUUCGCCACGCCAGCACCAGGCCGCGCACGACCUUUGACCCUGAGAAGCAUUUGGUGUACUGCGAGGAUCCGAAGGUGUUGAUGCUCAAAGACAUCGGGCUUCCAGAAGAUGUGGGCAUCUCCCCCGUUGCCAUCUCCGAGCCCUUCCCCUUGUUCAGCGAAGAAGCCAUCGGCCACAUGAGGAGUGAGAUUUUCACAAACGAAGUCUGGGACAACUGUCUGUACAGCACCGAUUUCGCGGGCUGCCAGCUCAGGGGCCACUGUCCGAAGUAUGCCCCGUUCAUGUACGACGCGUGGAAGAACCCCACGACAUUGGCCAUUGUGUCGAAAAUCGCCGGCGUCGACCUGGUCCCCGCCAUCGACAUCGAGAUCGGUAACAUCAACGUCUCAGUCCAAGAUCCCCUGAAGAACUACCGGAAGCAAGAGGGUCAGUCGGAGGACGACAUCCCCGUCACCAAAUGGCACGUCGACAGCUACCCGUUCGUGUGUGUCGUGAUGAUGAGCGACGCGUCGCAGAUGGUUGGGGGCGAAACGGCGAUCAAGACCGGCGCCGGGGAGAUCAUCAAAGUCCGUGGACCACAGAUGGGCAGCGGUGUGGUCCUUCAGGGCCGGCACAUCACACACCAGGCACUGGCCGCACUGGGCGGAACCGAGCGCAUUACCAUGGUAACAGCGUUUCGCCCGAAAGACGCCCUCACCCCGGACUCCUCGGUCCUCACAACCAUCCGGCCUAUCACGAACCUGUCGGACCUGUACUUCCAGUGGACGGAGUACCGCGUGGAGGUGUUGCAGGAGCGUCUGCGGGUGAUGUUGGACGUCCUCAGGGAGCAGCAUCAUGCCAGUCAGCCGACGGACGCCGUCAAAAUCAAGGAGUUUCUUCGGCAGCAGGUGGACUGGCUCUCCAUCACGGACAGGGAAAUUGUCCCGCAGUAA